UAGGUCAUUCCCCAACUUAUACUGGAACCUGGGGUUGUUCCUGCCCAGAUUCAAGACUCUACACUUGCCCUUGUUAUAUUUCAUUACAUUUUUCCCUGCCCAGCUCUCCAGCCUGUCCAGGUCUCUGGAUGGCAGCACAGCCUCCAGUGUCACCACUCCUCCCAGCUUGGUGUCAUCAGCAAACUUGCUGAUAGUGCACUUUAUUCCCUUGUCCAAAUCCUUGAUGAACAUAGUGAAUAAUACCAGCCCCAGCACUGCCCCCUGAGGCACUGCACUAGAUCCAGGCCUCCAACUGGACUCCACCCUAUUGACCACGACUUUCUGGCUUCUUCCCUUCAGCCAGUUCGCAGUCCAUGUCACUACCCGCUCAUCCAGGCCGCACUCCCUCAGUUUAGCUGUGAGGAUGCUGUGGGAGACUGUGUCAAAUGCCUUACUCAAGUCAAGGUAGAUCACGUCCACUGCCCCUUUACCUUCAAGCAGCCUUACCCAUGGGAUUUCCCCCAGCAAUUGCCUGAAAAGGCCAAAGUUUGCCUUGCUGAAAUCCAGGGUUGCAAUUCUGCUUGCUAUCCUGCUCCUGCCACAGGAGAUCCUGAACUCCACCAUCUCAUGGUCGCUGCAACCAAGGCAGCCCUCACCCUUUACCGCUUCAACCAGACCCUCCUUGUUAGCGAGGAUGAGGUCCAGCAGUGCACCUCUUCUAGUCAGCUCCUCCACCCUUUGCAUCACAAACUUAUCAUCAAGGCACUGGAGGAACCUCCUAGAUUGUGGCUGGCUGGCCAAGUAGUCCUGCCAACAAACAUCAGAGAAAUUAAAAUCCCCCACCACAACCAGGGCCUGUGAUUGUGAAGCUGCUCUCAGCUGUCUGUAGAGGUCUCAUCAACUUAAUGUGAUGUUUUGUCUCACUUUAUGUAAACUGUUACGUAGUGUCUUGGUAUUUCAUGCUGGAAGCAGGUGCAUUUUAGCAGUUAAUGAAUGUAAGUCUCUAAACAUGAGUGUGAUUUGGAAUAAAAAUCAGGUCAGAAAAGCAGUAUGUUAUUACCCUUAAGGCAUUUAUUCAUGCCUGAUGAGGGGCUGAUGCUCAGGUGUAUCAUGGAGUUCCAGCCUGAUGAGCCAGGACUAAGGGAGCGCUGAGCUGGGCCCUGUUAUCCCAUCCAUCCCGAGGCACAUUUGUAGCCAGUAUUUGUGGCGUCGAGUCCUUAUGAAGCGCUUUACGUUUUCAAAAUGCUGAACAAACAUUAACACACGGUUCUGGCUGAGGUUUGGUGAGUCAUGGUGUGUGCUGACUGAAACUCAUAUGGUAUCAAUAACAGCAAUAAUAACCAAGUAAGGAGUGACUGACUUUGAAAUUAUAGGGAAAUGCUGUACACUGAGGUCUGGAAGGAUGACGCUGUGUUUUUAUCACUUCUUGUACUUGGCAAAUUGCAAUUUCAGCCCAGUACUGCAUAAAACUGCGUUUAGCAGGACUGAAGAGACACAGAAGUCCUUGUAUCCCUUUCGUCUGGCAUCACUUCUUUCGUAUGUAGAUGAUGCUUCAUCUAUUUAGGUAAGCUAGUGCAACAGUGCAAUAACACAGCGGCCAGAAUUCUUUCACAGUGAGAUCUGACCUUGAGAAAGUAAAUUACCCUUCCCUUUGUUUUCUUCUACUUAGGUACCAACUCUCAAAGGCAUGAGCAGCAUCUUAAAACACAUCUGCUUUUCAUCACAGUGCUCCCUAACGCUGAAACACCUUUUAAUAUAAAAGUACCACUACUGAUAUUUGUUCUUUAGGCAAGAACAAGCCUUUUUUUCGGGGGGGGGGGAAGCCGCAGCGGUUAUAUUCGGUAUUAGUGUGGCAGUAGCGAUAUGAGGUGGCAGUUCUUCGGCUUGGCUGAUCCAGCUCAAAGCCUCAGCAGUAAUUUCCGUGAAGUGAUGGGCGCUGGUUAUUGCGGCUAAAGGAGAACUCUGGAAAAUGGUUCAGAGCCUUAAAACAGCGGCCUGGUCUCAAAGGUGAGAUCGUAGGGCACACAGACUUUUCCUAAAAUUGGAAAUUGUGGAGGUUAUAAUGAGAUUUGAGACACUUAAUGCUUACAAGUGUGCCAGAGAGAAAACAUUUGGAAUUAGUUUUAGCUGUAGCAUUUAGGAAAAAGAAGUUAUAUAAUCUGAAGAGAAACCAGAGUAUAAUGGCUGAAAGAUUCAGAAGUGAAUAUAAAACGUUUCUUAGUGAUUGGUUAAAAAGACAUGUAGGUAUGAUUGAUAUCUAAAAAGUGUAGCAGGAGCACUGAGUGUCUUGAAUUGAAGUUUUGGAGUUGUGUUGGUCUGCAGCUGUCACACAGGCUUACUCAGAAUAAAAAAGAAACACUAGCAGAGGUGGUAUCUCCAGCUACCUUUUGUAACCAGCCCUUCCAGCCGCUUGACUUUGCACUUCCUCUUGCUCACCAAGAGCCCGGGUCUGUAGCUCGUAUGGUUUGUAGUUUGUACAGUUUGCUCCCCGUGCACGAGCUCAGGACCGCACGGCGAGCGGCUGCUCCUGCGCCCGCUCCCACUGACCGCAGCUGCUGCCCAAGAUGCAAAGAGCAAGAGCGACAGAAAAAGCAAAACAAGUUUACAUCAGAUCUCCAAACUGUUUCCUCCCUCGAGCGUGGAGGCAAGGCACAUCAAGGCAGAGAUGGGGAGCGAAAGAGCCCUUGUGCUGGACAGGCUAGCGAGCAACGUGGCAAAGCGAAAAAGCUCAAUGCCUCAGAAAUUUAUUGGUGAGAAACGACACAGUUUUGAUGUUAAUUAUAACUCGAGCUUCGUGUAUGAAAAGGAAAGCGACAUAAUGCAAGGACGCAUGAUGGACCAGGCCAUAAACAACGCCAUCACCUACCUGGGGGCCGAAGCCUUGCGCCCGCUCAUGCAGACGCCACCAGCUCCCACCUCCGAAAUGGUCCCCGUCAUCAGCAGCCUGUACCCCAUUGCCCUGACCCGCGCCGACGUGCCCAACGGCACCUCGCAGGAGGUGGAAAAGAGCCACAGCCACCUCCGGGACAAAAGCUUGUCCUCCGAUAGGGGUCUUUCCCCAAACAACAGCGGCCAAGACUCCACAGACACUGACAGCAACCACGAGGAGCGGCCGAAUCCCACCUUCCAUCAGGGCCAGGUCAUCCCCGCUCCAUCCCGCAAUGGCCUCCAGUCCUUGAAGGAUUUCCCGAGGCCAUUCGACAUCAUCAAGCCACCCGCCAUCUGCCCGCGCGAUGCCUUCAAGGUCAUCAACAAGGAAGGGGAAGCCAUCGGGGUCUACCGGUGCGACCACUGCCGUGUCCUCUUUUUGGAUUACGUGAUGUUCACCAUCCACAUGGGCUGCCACGGCUUCCGCGACCCCUUCGAGUGCAACGUCUGCGGGUACCGGAGCCACGACCGAUACGAGUUUUCCUCGCACAUAGCACGGGGCGAGCACAGGGUCGUGCUCAAAUGAAGGGACUGGCUUUCCGAGCUCAAAGGCUUUGGGUUAGGUCGGAGGGCAGGCUUGUUUGGUUGUUUUUUUAAUUAGUAUAAAGAAAUUUCUUGAGUAUUUUUCUAUGCCAGUUUUUAAAUGAGUGUCACAGGGAGGUGAUACCUCGAAUUUUUUGGUUUUUAGAAAUAUUUCAGUGUUCUGUAGCAUGUGUGCCUGGCUGCCUUGGUGAGUGGUACUGUACAAAACACCAGGAGCAGAGACCCAUUUUUAUAUGAACUUUAUUUUUGUGAAAAUCAAGAGCCAUUUAAGAUUUUUUUUUUAAAUGCAUUUGUUUUCAUAAUGAUGCUUGAGCUCCAUGCAAAAGGUUUUGAUGCCCUGCUGCCCGUUUCUCUGCUUUUAGCCAAAUGUGUAGUCAGACGGAUACAGGAGGAGCUUUUUGUGGCUGUUUCGGUCCCAAUGAUCUUCACUUGGCUCAUCAGUGACACAAGGAAAACGUGUCUGGGAGGGAUUAUUAAUUCCUCUUUAAAGGUUUUCCCCUAAGUCUCAAAGAGCGUGUGGCCCCACCACACUUUCAUUUUUCUUACCCCUCUGUUCACUUUCUUUCAAGUCACUCCCACAUGCAUCUUACUCAGUAACAGCAAAAUAAGUAAUGAGACCUAUUUUGGGGCUGGGGGUUUUUUAACAGUACGUGCAUUUUUGGGAUACCCAGUGAGGUCAUUGCUUGGCUCAUCCAUGCAGUCUGGGGCAAAUUCUGAUUUUUUGCCUUGAUGGAAAGUCUUCCUUUUGUCAUGGAUGCCAAGGACGAGGAUGAAACUGUCCCGUGCUCCCGCUCAGCUCCAGCGGUAGAACUCGCAGCUGUGCCGUUUGGUCAGCGCUGGCACACGACGUCCCCGCACCGGAGUCACCGUGUCCCGGCAGCAGCCGCCACCGUGAGAACCCGCGUACACGAAUGUGUGGGAGCUCGACAGCUCAAUCACGCCGUCUGGUUUUACGUGGGGAUAUCCCUCGGAGUGAAAUGUGCUGUUUUGCAAAAUGAGUAUUUACCAUUACUUUGAAGCUGGUUUUUAAAAUAGCUCUUUUAAUCUAAUCAUUGCUCCGCAGCUGUAUUAUUAGUCACUGUGCUGAAGAUAUGAUUUUGAUAACGGUUUUGCUGAGUGAAUGUUUAUUUUUUGCAAAGUAUUUUUGUAUGAUGUAGAGUUAGGUGUGUUCUGAUGGACUCUUGUAUCCAUUGUACACUUUGAUAUCUACAUUGUGUUUGUACUUUUCAACGUUGCUGUGCCAGUAUCGGUGGUGACCCAGCUUUUCCCACGAGGGACGGCUGGAGUGCCGAGGGUCAAGAAAUACUGAAUUUAAUUCCUUCCUAUGACCUGGGAUCACUCUUUUUUGGCUGAAAUACUUUCUCCCUCCUUGAAUUUUAAGGUACAAAAUAGAAAAUGAUAUUAAUUUUUCCCAAUUAAGGGUACAUCUGAAGAGUGCUGGAGUAGCACUGUAGAAGUGCUAGAUCCUGCUUAUUGGUGGGGUAAGGAGAACUCUCUUGCUACCUUGUGUGAUGUUAAUAAAAUAGGUUUAGGGUCUUUUCCAAUAAAUUUUCCAGCGUAAGGCAUGUAACGUGGGCGGGCGGAUGUUGGUUCUUCCCCAAUGAACACCCAUUGGCACGAUGUGACAAACCCGACUGCCUUCAGGCAGCAGCCUGGGCUUGGAAAGGCUUCCACCGAUUAUUUUAGCCAAUUCCCCGCUUUUAUUGGCGUAAAUCACCCAAUAACUCCAUCUUUCUGCUGUGUUUUCGUGGGGGAGAAGCGCCUGAGUUCCACGCACACGGUGGCUGAUGAAAACACUCCUCGCCCUUCACCAGAAAUGAAUAAGGUUGCACGGAGUAAAACGUAACUUGUCGUUUGCACAGGAAGCUCCUCAGAUUGCCGAAUGUGUGUCACGCCGCGCCGCCGGUUUCUGUCUCGGGUACCGAAUCCUUGAAAACACUCUGCAGAUUACUGUCCCGCUCUUCGCUUACCGCCAGGCAGGGCUUCAGCCACCUCCCCUUGCUUCCCAGAUAAGGUGAGCAAUCGACCGCUGCGCCUCUGAGCAGGUUUUUGAAAGGAAGGAGGGAGGUUUUUCGCAGUAUUUGGCUGAAAUGGCUCCGUUUUCCCACCCUGCUUGGGCAGACUCAUGAUUUCCAGAUAGGCUGAACCAAAAGAAGUUCCCUGUGCUGUCUGGAGUUGACGAGCGGUAGCCUCGUUAUAGCUCUGCUGUCGAACAAUUGCGUGUUGUGGAAUUUCAACCCAGUCAUUUAUUAAAAAAAGAAAACUAUAUGUAUAUUUA